AUGGCCCCUCCGCCUUCACCAGCUUCUUCUUCCCUCGCGCGUCUCGGCAACAUCGCAAACCACGUCUCGCCCGCCAUGGCUUCCGUUACCAGCUUCCCUGCCGACGCCGUGCCCCAAGCCCCCGAAGAUGCCCUGUUUGGCCUCGCCCGCGCCUUCAAGGCCGACUCGAGCUCCGACAAGGUCGACCUGGGAAUCGGAGCCUAUCGCGGCGACAAUGCGAAGCCUUGGGUCUUGCCAGUUGUCCAGAAGGCGGACGAGAUCCUCCGCAAGAACCCGGAGCUCAACCACGAGUAUGCCCCGAUCGCCGGCCUCCCCGAAUUCACCUCCAAGGCGGCCGAGCUGAUUCUCGGGGCCGACUCGUCUGCCCUCAAGGAGAAGCGCACCACGUCGCUCCAGACCAUCUCCGGCACCGGGGCCGUCCACCUCGGAGCCCUUUUCCUCGCAAAGUUCUACAAGGGCACCCGGACGGUCUACCUGUCCAAUCCCACCUGGGCCAACCACAACCAAAUCUUUGGAAAUGUCAACCUAAAGACGGCCCAGUACCCCUACUUCUCCAAGCAGUCCAACGGCCUCGACUUUGACGGCAUGAAGGCGGCCAUUCGCGACGCCCCCGAGCGCUCCAUCAUCCUGCUUCACCCCUGCGCCCACAACCCGACGGGCGUCGACCCGACUAUGGACCAGUGGAAGGAGUUGGCCACCAUCAUGAGCCAGAAGAAGCACUUUCCCUUCUUUGACUGCGCCUACCAGGGCUUUGCCUCCGGCGACCUGGCUCGCGACGCUGCCGCCAUCCGCUACUUUAUCGAGCAGGGCUUCGAGCUCCUCGUCUGCCAGAGCUUCGCAAAGAACUUUGGCCUGUACGGCGAGCGCGCGGGAUGCUUCCACUUUGUGACGAGCGCCGGCCCCGAGGCCACGACGACCAUUCAGAGAAUCGCAUCCCAGCUCGCCAUUCUCCAGCGAUCCGAAAUAUCCAACCCCCCGCUGUACGGGGCUCGCAUCGCCAGCAUCGUCCUCAACGACGCCAAGUUGUUCGCCGAGUGGGAGGACAAUCUGCGCACCAUGUCGGGCCGCAUCAUCAGCAUGCGCAAGGAGCUACGCUCCAAGCUCGAGUCCCUCGGCACGCCCGGCACCUGGAACCACAUCACGGACCAGAUCGGCAUGUUCAGCUUCACAGGCCUGUCCGAGGCCCAGGUGCAGAAGCUGCGGGACGAGUACCACAUCUACAUGACGAAGAAUGGCCGCAUCAGCAUGGCGGGCUUGAACAGCCGCAACAUUGACCACGUGGCGCGGGCCAUCAAGAAGGUGGUUGAGCAGAGUCAGUGA